CCAGCCCCAGGCGUAAAGCGCAUGGGAAAGUCCAAGCCGGACCAUCUGCUGCCCUGAACGCCAUGGAGCGGGCCGGCUUCGCGCUGCUGCUGCUUCUGCUGCUGCCUGCAGCCUCCCCCCGAGAUGAUCGGAUCAUUGGGGGUACCGAGUGCCCAGAGUUGGGGCACCCCUGGCUGGUUCUCCUCUACUACUUUGACCAACACUACUGCUCCGGCAUCCUACUGAACCAGGACUGGGUGCUCACUGCCGCCCACUGCAAGCUGAGUCACAUCCAGGUGCGCCUAGGGGAGCACAGCCGUGGAACGAGCUCGGGGAACAAGCAGUUCGCCGCCGCCCAGGAAAUCAUCCCCCACCCCGGAUUCCGCGCCCCCAGCGCCGGCAGCCGGGACUACGAGAAUGACAUCAUGCUGCUCCGUCUGUCACCCCCGGCCGUCUACACUGACUACGUGCAGCCCCUGGCACUGACUGACAGCUGCCCCCCAGAAGGGACCCACUGCACCGUGAUGGGAUGGGGCACCACCACCAGCCCCGAUGAGACGUACCCUGAUGUUCCCCAGUGCUUGGACGUCGAUAUUUUCUCCAAUACCAUCUGCCAGGAUGCGUACCCUGAGAAAGUGACUGAGAACAUGCUCUGUGCUGGGGUGCUGGAGGGGGGCAAAGACUCCUGCCAGGGUGACUCCGGCGGGCCCCUGGUCUGUAACGGGAAGCUGCAGGGCCUGGUUUCCUGGGGAGAUCACCCCUGCGCCCAGCCCAACAAGCCUGGGGUCUACACCAACAUCUGCAAAUACCUAGCCUGGAUCCAGGAGACCAUCGCGGGGAAGUGAUGGCCCCGGGGGCUGGGACUGGGGCCAGGUGGGGCAAAGGGGGUAAUUACCGACCCCAGCCUGGAGCCGGGUUCAGGAGCAACCGAGACGCAAUAAAUCAUCUGGAACUCA